UAGUGGGAGUCUGCUUGUUGACAUCAGUCAGGAACGCGUAACAGAAGUAACGCGAAGUGAAUAGAGGUGUCUGGUCGAUUUUAUUGAAUAUAAACUGCAGUCAUGUCUGCUAAGACUGGCAUUCGGAUCCCGAGCAGGCUGCCUCUGUUACUCACCCACGAAGGGGUCCUGCUGCCGGGCUGUACAAUGCGUCUCAGCGUGGAUACCUGCAGAAACAUGCAGCUGGUCAAAGGUCGGCUACUGCGGGGCACCUCCUUGAAAAGCACCAUCAUCGGGGUGAUCCCCAAUACCCGGGACCCCGAGCACGACACGGACGAGCUGCCCGCAUUGCACAGGGUUGGCACAGCAGGUAUCGCGGUGCAGGUGGUUGGCAGUAACUGGCCGAAGCCCCACUACACGCUGCUGAUCACUGGGCUGUGCCGGUUCCGCACGCUGCAGCUGCUGAAGGACCGCCCCUACGCAGUGGGGGAGGUGGAACAGCUGGACCAGCUGGAGCAGCAUGCCAGCCAGGCCCUGUUGGAGGGGGAGCUGGGAGAGCAGUUCUACAAGCAUGCUGUGCAGCUGGUGGACAUGCUGGACAUGUCUGUCCCCGUGGUUGCCAAGCUGCGGCGUCUGUUGGACAGUUUGCCCAAAGAGACUCUGCCGGACAUGCUGACGUCCAUGAUCCGCACGUCCAACAGUGAGAAAUUGCAGAUCCUGGACGCAGUGGGGCUGGAGGAGAGGUUUAAGAAGCUCAUCCCUCUGCUGACCCGGCAGAUCGAGGGCCUGAAGCUCCUGCAGAAGACCAGGAAACCACGGCAGGACGAGGAUAAGACGGUGGUAGCUAUCCGCCCAAUCCGCAAAAUCGGACAUUUUCCAGGUGGGCAGUUUUCCCUGGACACUACUGAGGAGGAGGAGGAGGAGGAGGACAGCGAUGACAUUGCCUUGCUGGAGAAGAAGAUCAGGAGCACCAGCAUGCCGGAGCCGGCUCUGAAAGUCUGUAUCAAAGAGAUCAAGAGGCUGAAGAAGAUGCCUCAGUCCAUGCCGGAGUACGCCCUCACCAGGAACUACCUGGAGCUCAUGGUGGAGCUGCCCUGGAAUAAGAGCACCACAGACUGCCUGGAUAUUCGCGCUGCCCGAGUCCUGCUGGACAAUGACCACUAUGCCAUGGAAAAGCUGAAGAAGCGGGUCCUGGAGUACCUGGCUGUGCGCCAGCUCAAGAACAACCUGAAGGGGCCCAUCCUGUGCUUCGUGGGGCCCCCUGGCGUGGGCAAGACCAGCGUGGGCCGCUCCAUCGCCAAGACGAUGGGCAGGGAGUUCCACAGGAUCGCUCUAGGGGGAGUCUGCGACCAGUCUGACAUCCGAGGACACAGGCGCACCUACGUGGGCAGCAUGCCUGGCCGCAUCAUCAACGGCCUGAAGGUGGUGGGUGUUGCCAAUCCUGUCUUCCUGCUGGACGAAGUGGACAAACUGGGGAAGAGUCUCCAAGGGGACCCCGCGGCUGCUCUAUUGGAGGUCCUGGACCCGGAACAGAACCACGGAUUUACUGACCACUACCUGAACGUGGCCUUUGACCUCUCCCAGGUGCUCUUCAUUGCCACCGCUAACACCACGGCCACCAUCCCGCCGGCUCUGCUGGACAGGAUGGAGGUGCUGCAGGUACCAGGCUACACCCAGGAGGAAAAGAUUGAGAUCGCUCACAGGCACCUGAUCCCCAAGCAGCUGGAGCAGCAUGGUCUGACCCCUCAGCAGAUCCAAAUCCCACAGGAAGCCAUCAACGACAUCAUCAGCAGAUAUACUCGAGAGGCUGGCGUGCGCUCGCUGGAGAGGAAGUUCGGGGCAAUCUGCAGGGCCGUGGCGGUCAAGGUGGCAGAGGGGAACAAACUGACCAAGACUGACCCCCCACCGGGGCCUGAUUCAGCAGGGAGGAGGGAGAAGAUCCUGGAAUCCCUCAGUAGCACAGCUGACCUGGCCCUGCCUCCGGAGAUGCCUAUCGUAAUGGACCGGCACGCGCUUAAAGACAUCCUGGGCCCGCCCAUCUUCGAAAUGCAGGUGUCAGAGCGGCUGAGCCAGCCGGGUGUGGCGAUUGGCUUGGCCUGGACCCCCAUGGGAGGGGAAAUCAUGUUCGUCGAGGCCAGUCGCAUGGAGGGGGAGGGCCAGCUGACUCUGACGGGACAGCUGGGCGAUGUCAUGAAGGAGUCGGCCCAUCUCGCCAUCAGCUGGCUCCGGAGCAAUGCCAAGACCUACCACCUGACCAACGCCUCCGGGAAUUUCGAUCUCCUUGACAACACCGACAUCCACCUGCACUUCCCUGCCGGCGCCGUCACCAAGGACGGCCCCUCUGCCGGGGUCACCAUAGUGACCUGCCUGGCCUCUCUGUUCAGCGGGCGGCUGGUGCGCUCCGACCUGGCGAUGACCGGGGAGAUCACCCUGCGGGGGCUGGUGCUGCCGGUGGGAGGAAUUAAGGAUAAGGCUUUAGCUGCACACAGAGCGGGAUUAAAGCGAAUUAUAAUUCCGAAAAGAAACGAGAAGGACCUGGAGGAAAUCCCGGCCACUGUGCGAGCGGAUCUGGAUUUCGUCAUGGCAGGUUGUCUGGAUGAAGUGCUUAACGCUGCUUUCGACGGAGGAUUCCCAGCGACGAGCAGACAUGAUCUCCUGAACAGCAAACUCUGAACAGCUCACCGUGCCCUCCGAGCCUCAUCGCACCAACCCAUACAGCUCACCCUGCCCCUCCAAGCCUCAUCACACCAAACCAUACAGCUCACCCUGCCCUCCGAGCCUCAUCACACCAAGCCAUACAGCUCAUCCUGCCCUCCGAGCCUCAUUACACCAAACCAUAAAGCUCACCCUGCCCUCCGAGCCUCAUCACACCAAACCAUACAGCUCACCCUGCCCUCCGAGCCUCAUUACACCAAACCAUACAGCUCACCCUGCCCUCCGAGCCUCAUCACACCAAACCAUAGAGCUCAUCCUGCCCUCCGAGCCUCAUCACACCAACCCAUACAGCUCACCCUGCCCUCCGAGCCCCAUAACACCAAACCAUACAGCUCACCCUGCCCUCCGAGCCUCAUCACACCAGUAAUAUUUAAAGAAGCGUUGGCAUUAAAUGAUCUGGCCAUCAGAUAAUUCACUAAAUAAAGGUACAUUUUGGCAGGGUGACAAGGAAUUAAAUUUUUACCUUCCAGCAUUGAUUAAAGUCUUCAGUAUUGGCACAAAACAUUGAUCGCCUUGAUCUCUGAUCACAAAACUGUUCAGUUAUUACUAUUGUGUGUACACUCCUACUUAAACAAUAAAGGGACAUGUAAGCUAGAUAAUGCAUUUGAAAAGGCUUUUCUUAAAUUUUAAUGGAUGGAACAUCCUGUGCACCUUGUUUUGUCGUAGUGCCUACAUAUCACAAUAAUGUAUCUAGGGGCAGUGAGGCCAUUACCUUUCACCUUCAGUUGUGUCAAAUUCUGAAUUUACCAUAAAAUGGUAGGAAGGCCUUUGUCUUUAUCGAAAGAGAAGGGUAACGUUGUCAGAGAUGCUCUUUCUGUAUGGAGACAUGUCUGGUGGAUCAGAUGCAAGUUAUUAAUACUACAUUGGUAAUUCUGUUGGAGGGCUGUGAUAUAAUCAUGUAAUGAAUUCUAGCGGUUUAACUGCAAGUUGUUAAAAUGUUACUUUUAGAUGGGGGGAUAAUAAAGGGCAAUGUAUCUUAGUUCCAUUGCGGAGCCAUUGUCUUAUAAUGUGACCAUUAACAAUGCAGCACUUAUAUGGAACCAUUUUGGAAAACAGAUUAACUGACUAAUGCAAUUAAGCUGUUGCAGAUGUGAGCCAUCAAUAAAGCUGUAUUCCUUGCA